AUGACGGCAGCAGAAGAAAGGAAGGCAGCAGCAGAAGCCAAGAGACAGAAGGUAGGCCUACAGCAACAACCAAAGAAAAGGAUAGCGAAGAAAGCCCCUGUGAUAUCUACCAGUGCUACACCUGACACACAAGAUGAUGACGAAGAUGCUACACCUGACACACAAGAUGAUGACGAUACAACGUGUGAGGAAUGCAAUAUGGUAUGGUUGGAAGAUGACGACGAACCUUGGGUUUCGUGUCGAAGCUGCAGCAGAUGGUAUCACGAAGAGUGUACCAGAUGGCGAGGCAAUAUGAACAAAUUUAUUUGCAGUUCAUGUAUGGACAAGUACCAUUAUGAUUCAGAAAGUGAUUCUGACUAA